GCUGGCUGCCGAGGCCGAGCGCCGCGCUGGGGCUGCGGGCACCGCCGGCGCGGCGCGGAGCGGCGCGGCAGGAUGAGCCUGGCGGAGUGACGGGGAGCCCGAGCCCGCCCUCCUCCCCGCUCCUGCCCCCCGCUCUGCCCUGCCCGGCGCCGCUCUGGCUUCAGGCCCCUUCUCUCUGCGCUGCGGCGGGCGGAGGCGGCGGAAGGAAAAGCCCAUGGAGGGGAACCGGGACGAGGCGGAGAAGUGCAUCGGCAUCGCGCGGGAGGCGCUGGAGGCCGGCAACCGCGACCGCGCCCUCCGCUUCCUCGGCAAGGCCCAGAAACUCUACCCGACCGAGACGGCCCGAGUUUUGUUGGAAGCUAUUAUGAAGAAUGGAAGUACUGCUGGGGGAGGUGCUUACUGCCGAAAACCAGCCAAUAGCAAUGAUCAAAGUAAGCCCAAUAGCACGAAGGAGAGCAAUGCAUCUGCUGCUGGUGAAAGUGGAAAAGGCUACACCAAAGACCAAAUGGAAGGAGUAUUCAGUAUAAAGAAAUGUAAAAAUUAUUAUGAAGUCCUUGGAGUGUCAAAGGAUGCUGGUGAAGAAGACCUAAAGAAGGCUUAUCGAAAACUUGCUUUGAAAUUCCACCCAGACAAAAACCAUGCACCAGGAGCAACAGAAGCUUUUAAAAAAAUUGGAAAUGCGUAUGCUGUGCUGAGUAAUCCAGAAAAACGAAAACAGUAUGACCUUACAGGCAGUGAAGAGCAAGCAUGCAGUCACCCUAGCAAUGGUAGAUUCAAUUUCCAUAGAGGUUGUGAGGCAGAUAUUACUCCAGAAGAUCUAUUCAACAUGUUUUUUGGAGGGGCAUUUCCAACAGGUAGUGUACAUUCAUUUUCUAAUGGUCGCGCUGGCUACAGUCAUCCUAAUCAGCACCGUCAGAGUGGUCAUGAAAGGGAAGAAGAAAGGGGUGAUGGAGGCUUCUCUAUGUUCAUUCAGCUGAUGCCUAUUAUUGUGUUGAUCCUUGUUUCCUUAUUGAGCCAGUUGAUGGUAUCUAACCCUCCUUACACCUUAUACCCAAGACCAAGUACGGGGCAAACUAUUAAAAUGCAGACAGAAAACCUGGGUGUUGUUUACUAUGUCAACAAGGACUUUAGAAAUGAAUAUAAAGGAGUAUCAUUACAGAAAGUGGAAAAGAGUGUGGAAGAGGAUUAUGUGUCCAACAUUCGUAAUAACUGUUGGAAGGAGAGGCAACAAAAAACAGACUUACUUUAUGCAGCAAAAGUGUAUCGAGAUGACCGCCUCCGAAAGAAAGCAGACUCCAUGUCUAUGGACAACUGCAAAGAACUAGAACGGCUGACCAGCCUCUAUCGAGGAGGAUGAACUAGAAUUAUACAUGUGCAUCCUUAUGUAUGCUGUUGUCUCUCUUGCAAAUUAAGAAGAGAUUUAGUUUCAUCAUGAAUGCUGGAAAAGAGAGGUGGAUGUAAAACUCUACUGUGUAGCUGUUUCCAGAAACCUUAUGCUGAAUUAUAAUUUAAUGGCUUCUUUACCUACUGUGAAAUAUAGGUACCUUACUUGUUUAGAUAUUUUACUUCAAAGCUUCUGUGAAUUCCUUCAGCAGAGAGAAUAGCUCAGAAAGGAUGCUAUGUUGUAGAGAUUUAGUCAUAGUGAUUCUCCUCUAACAUAUUUGCCAUGUAAAUAUCUGUGGAAAGAACACUUUGUGUAUAUACGAGUUAAAUGACUUUCUAUUUAAAAUCUCAGAAAUUUAGUUCCAUAUAACAUUUUGUCUCACUGAUGGAAUAAAUAGUAUGAUUACAUCACUCCUAUUCAGAUGUCAAGUGUGUGGAGUUGAAACAGAAUUUUUAAUAUUUUAUCUCUAACUCUAUGUAAAAUCUUCUAGGUUUACCAGCUUAGAGGAACUUCGUAUUUUUAAAUAUAAUGACGUAUAUUCCUAAAUAUAUGUUGGGGUAUAUUGAUCUGGUGUAGAGUAGCAGUUAGCUGUUGUAGUUUUUUAGCAUUUCUAAGCAAUACUAAGAAAACUAAGAACUACAGUAAUCUCUUUUCAAAGUAAGUAUUUGCAAUUGCUGUACAGACCAUUAUAAGCAUUGCUUUUAGUGCCUGCAAGAGUUUACAGUAAUAAGACCAUAACGGGCAUCCACAGCUUCCUUAAUUUUCACUGAAAAGGUAGGAGAAAAAAUGCAAUAGCAAAUCCAGAUUUAAAAAAUAGUAAUAAUAAUAAUAUAUUUUUCCUGGGAGACCUGCUUAAUUUUCUUACUGUUUUUUAUUUCAAGCUGGGUCCUAACACUGAUCCCUCAAUGGGCACCACAAGUGGAGCAGGGAGACAUUGCUGAGGACAAGCUAUGUGCCUUCCAACACUUUUGCCAACUAUUUAAAUGCUUUGCUAGUUUGCAAUAUGCUUCUGUGGUCAGAGCCAUAUUACUUGUCCCAGGACAGGAACAACUAAAGGAACGAAUAGGUAGAGUAUGCAUUUCUUUGGACCAAAAUAUUGCUGAAUUGACUUCCUAGAAAUGAGUAAGCGUGCUGUUCGGCUCUCGUGUUACGGUAUCAUAUAACUCAGUGGCCUGCACGUGGAGACUAUUUGUUGCCACACCUGUUAAUGCAAAUGAAGAGGUGUUUUGAAGCAGCUAGGUACAAUGUACUAAAAGUUUAUAUUAGAAAGUGAGCUGAAAACUUUUUUAUGUUCAGAAGCUGUUUCUACUUUUUAACAGUGCUAUGUAGCAGAAUGUUUUCUUGUAUUUGAGAAUGCCAGAUGGCUCGUAAUAAGGGCAGUAUAUUUUGCCAGAGAAAACUAUUGUCUUAAGCAAUGCUGUCAGUUCAUGUGGAGCCGAAUUCUGCUCCUAAUUUGGAAAUCUAAAUGCUUGACUAGAGUCCUUUUAAUUUCUUUUGAUCUAGACUUGUAGUUUGAGAACAGUAUUUGACUCUAGAAAUACAUUAAAUGCUACUGCUCUGAGUGACCCAGAAAUCAGCUUGCAUAUGUACCUUUUCUAAGGGUAAGGGAAACACCCUGUAUUGAAUAAGUUGUUGUAACGCAAGAGGGACUAGCUGCAGAGUUUUAACAGAGCAGCUAAAGCAGCAUUCGGAGUAGAUGUGAAAGGCUGAGGAACAAAGCAGAACUAAAAGCUGCUGGAAGAAAGAAGGAGUUGCUGUACUGGAUUUCCUUGCUAAGAUUAUAGGGUGAGUGGGAAGAAGUGAUGAAAGAUGCUCAAAUGUUCAAAGUUUACAACAUAAAUUUAUGGAGAAAAUGUGAUUCCCCAAAUUUUGCAAUUGUCUGGAAUGUAUUGUAAAUAUAAUAAUGAAAACAAACUAUAAGAGUACAUAUUGAUACUCCUGUGUGUUCUUAAUAGAAAAAAAAAGUUUCAAAGGCUUUAGCAAGUAUUCAGGCCUUUCGAUUCACAAAUGAGUCUGAGCUUGCAACUGAUCUUUUGGUUAACAGAGGAAAAGAGAUGUAUAACACAUUUGUCAAAUAUUGGAACUGUGAAGUCAGAGUUAAGAGAUGGUCUUAGCAAAGCUGCUUACCAUAAUCUGAUCAGUUAUGUCUGCCCUGCAGUUACUUAUGCUUCCUUUGAGGAGGUGGUGAAUGAACUGCUGCUGAGCAGCAUUCUGCUGGUUUGAUCACUAUUAGUAUCUCAGCAAACUGGAAUAAUGCAAUGUCUGUGUUGUGUGGCAACAUAACCCAGUAGAUUAAGAACAAGACAUGAGCUGUUAAAUCUCCUUGGAUUAUCUAUUGUAAUAACUCUUUUAAAAGAAGAAACAGCUAAUAUAUUUAGACUGGUGGAAAAAUGCUGCUUUGCAUUUAACAGAUUGAAUAGUUGCAGAGUUUGAAAUACACAGCAGAAUACAGAAGGACGUUCCUAUAUUCUGUAGCAUAAAUAUUAACCUGCUUGAAAUAUGGCCAGCAAGCAUUCUGUUAACGUUUCACUCAUCUGGUUGUUACUUUUCUCUUGAGUCUGAAGUUUUUUUCUUCAGAAAUGUCAUCAUCUUCCCAGGUUUUGCUGAAGGAAUCUGCUGGAAAGUUCAGAGUGAUUUUUUUUUUAAAUGAGGAUGCUAAUUGAAGACGGUGGAGUACUUCAAUCUUUUCAGACGACCUUUCUUCAAAAGGUUAAGUAAUCGUACAGUUAAGAUACUGGAAAGAAAAGAGAAAAACAAAACUGUGAUUUUGAACAGCCUUGCUUAAAGAACCCUCAGCUUAUUAAGCUACUUAGAAUUAACUCCUUAUUCUUUGAUUUAGUUUAGUCAUGACCUCAGUGUCUAAUCUAGAAUUAAAGAUAGGACAAACAAGGGUUCUUGAAUUCUCAUUUCAAAGAGCAAGUAGGAAAGUCUUUCAAAUAGUAAAAAAUCUUGGAGUGCCACUCUGACCUACCAUAAUGAAAAAGGGAGGUGAUUCGCAUCUGCUGAAAUAAAACAUCGGUAUCUGUUCUAUUUAUGGAGCAGUCUGAGUCAUGAGCAAGUUCAGUGUUCAAAUCUGAUGAACAUUUGCCUGUAAGUUCUCUACCUGGUUAGGGAAAAUGACAUUAAAUUUGAAUUACUGAAUUUUUUUAACAUUUUCAUUUUUUUCAUAAGUUUCCAAGCAAUGUAAAAAUGUAUAGUCACUAAAAUAUAAUGGAUGCUUUUAAAUAGGCAGCAGAAGCAAUUGUAAAUUAUGGACAUUUUUAAUAUACUGUUGUAAUGAAUCCCAUAAAAGGAUUAAAGUGGCUGGGCAAUACA